CGAGAGACGUGAUAGGCGCGAAACGAGUCAACUAACCCCAUCAGCUUCAACUUGCAGUCUUGGUUUUACCUCAUUUCCAGUCAUUUUCGUCUUGGUUUUUAUUUUUUACAUUUUUGUAUACUGUUGUGCCGGCCGGUUACCAGACAUGUCAACAGAGUUCUCACCUGAUUUGUUUCUCGAGAAGAUCAGCAUGAUAGUCUUUUACCCCAGUGAUGGUGAGGUCCUUCUUAUUCCUGACUAUAAUCCUCAUGGUAGAAGACAUACAGGGGGAGACAUCAUAAUGUAUGAACGUAUUGUUAUCAAAGAUACACAGAACGAAGAGUUGGCAGUUGUGCUGGGAUGGGGUGAAAGCACCGAAGAAGCUGUUCAAGAAAGCAAGACAUACAUUCAACGAGUGAUGAAAUGGCAUGGUCAAGAAGAUGGGGGGUCGUUGUUAUGUUUCAUGGGUUUUAAUGUUUCAGAUAGCCAGGUGUUUGUCUAGUGAUGAAGGGUACUGUAAGAACAUAUUUAUAUAGACUGACAAUAUUUUAUAUAAUGUAAUGAAGACUGAUUUCUUACUCUUAGUGAAUUUUAUUUGACUGUUUUAUGUAAUGUGAAAUUUUAUUUGUGAAUAAAUGGCUUAAAUAAAUAUUAAGCACAGCGAUUGUCCCUUUACAUAAUGUCUUUACUGAUUCAAAGUAAAAUAUGCACCUAUUAAGUUACAAGUGUGCAACAAUAGAUUAAAGUCUAAAUGAAGAAUGUGAAAACAUUACAUAGCUUUGACGAUUUCAAACUACGCACUGUAGGAGUAGACUUUUGUAUAUAAGGUGGUUGAAUUAUUAAUUAAGGCAAGUCUUUCAGAAAUGUCGUUUUAUUAGAGUUUAAUAUCGGAGGAAACAAGUCUGAGAAAUACUUAACCAGCUGCUUGUGAACAAAUUAAUCUUGGUGAAGCCACUGAAGCUAAACCCACUCCGGCAUUUGUGUUGUGUAAUCUGAUUGGCUGAAACUAGCCUGAAUAAGCUACAAAGUAGAGACAAAACAUGGGAAUGUUUUCCAGUUGAUAAUGGUGAAUCUUGU